CCCUCAUCAGCUGGUUGAGGUAGUGUUCUUUCUCCUUUCCAUACUGGGCUCUUUGAAAAACAUUUACUAGGCUUGACUCACGCUUAUGGGGUGGAGAAUUAUGUUCCAUCUUCUCGAGGGUACAGUACAUAAAUUUUUUGGAAUUUUUCAAUAUGAGAAUUAUCUCCCAAUUAUUUGUUUCUUCAAUCAUUUACUUCUAUCAGUAGGAACUCAUGGAUCUUAUUUUAUAAUUUGGGUUAAAUCCAGUGCUGAAUUACUUAUUUUUUGAAUUAUUCUAGCUUUAGCCAUUGGGAGCUCUUUUAGUUGGCUCCUAUGUCACUUUGAUAUACCAUCAGUUUUUUGUGUCUUUUUAAAGCACUUGUUUAUUUCCUGGCACUAUAAGAUGUUUCAGACUCAUCUUGUAUAUCCCCUGCCCCAGUCCUAGAAUUAGGCAUUUUUCUCAAGGGCUCUGGUUCCCUUUGUUGGAGAACAGUAUUAGAAACAAAGAACUGGAUGCUGGGUGUGCUCCUUGCUUCUGCUUGUCAUUGCUUCUAGGCCUUCGGAGGACAGAACUUGGAAAUAUUUGUGUGUAUACUAAUGUAUUACACAUGAAUCCACAUGUAUUUUUAAGUAUUUCUAUAUUUACCCAUCUGUAUCUAUAUUAAGCUAAACAUUUCAUAUUGAUGCCUCCUACCCUAACCUAGGAUUUAAUGAUCACAUGCCUACUCCUCUCAUUUUACAGAUGAGAAAAUUUAUGGCUAAAAAGAUAGAAGUACUUGCCCUACAUCAAAUAAUUUUAGAGUUGGCAGCCUAUUUGUACCAAAUUAAUACUCACAUGGUGAUGAUAUAUACAUAGUAGAUUCAUAGUUAAUGAAGAUGCUAAUUGGGAUACUAAUUAUUCCAGUAAUGUAUAUCUAUAAUUUUAGAGGAAAUUUUCAGUGAAUAUUUAGUCACAGUAUCAUUAUACCCCAUAUCUAUUUAGAGUUGUAGUAGUUUCCUUAGAGAUUUCCAGAGCGUGUGCUCCUCUAGAGCAGGGGUGGCUCAGCAAAAGCUCAAGAAGUAUUGGGGCCCUCAAUCAAGGUUUGUUGAAAUAAAUGGACUAUACUUAUCAAGAAAUGCUGGCUAAAUAUUUAACCUGCACCUCAUUUAUAAAAUGGAAUAUCAUGGAUCAUCUGUUCUGCUUACCCUCAUAGGGUGGUUCUGAGGAUCACAUGACGGAAUUUACAUGCAAAUCCUUUGGAAUCUGAAAGGAAAAAUUAUGAUACUAUUUGGGGAAAAUUCUAUACCUUUGAAUUGGGUCUAUCUUCCUUUAGGUGAGCAGAAUCACUACUAUUUCUCUGCCUGUAUAAAAACUAUAAAAAGAUUAAAAUCAAUGGUAUUUGUUUUAAAAAUAAUUAGUUUACCCAAUGGUUAAGUAGUCUCUUGUGUAUAAACUCGUAUAUUUUGCUACUGCUGAUUUUAUUAAUAGUUUUUAAUUUAGGCAUAAUUUUCAUACAAUAAAAACUUACUUUUUAUUGUACAGUUUGGUGACUAUCAAUAACUCCACUAUAGUCAAGAUACAGACCUGUUCCACAUCUCCCCUUCAAAAUUUCUUCAUGCCCUCUUGUAGUCAAUCACUCCCCACCUCCCAUCCCCAAGUCCUGGCAAACACUGAUUUGUUUUCUGACCGUAUAGUCUUCCUUUUUCCAGAAUGUUACAUAAGUGGAGCCUGGCUUCUUUUACUUCCCAUAAUGCAUUUGAGAUUCAUCAAUAUUAUUGUAUGUAUCGAGUUAUUCCUUUUUAUUACUGAGUAGAAUUCCAUUUAUAGCUAUGAUACAUUUUAAUUAUUGAUUCACCAGAUGUAUUAGCCUAUUUUCACACUGCUAUAAAGACAUACGUCAGACUAGGUAAUUUAUAAAGAAAAGAGGUUUAAUUUACUUAUAGUUCUGCAUGGCUGGGGAGGCCUUCAGAAACUUAACAGUUAUGGUAGAAUGGGAAGCAAGCUCAUCUUAUGUGGCACAGGGGAGAGACAGUGAGUGUGUGUGAAUGAAGGAAGAACUGCCAAACACUUUUAAAACCAUCAGCUCUGGUGAGAAUUCAUGCCCUAUCACAAGAACAGCAUGGGGGAAACCGCCCCCAUGAUCCAAUCACUUCCCUCCCUUGACAUGUGGAGAUAACUUAUAGGUCCUUCCUUCAACACGUGGGUAUUACAAUUUGAGAUGAGAUUUGGGUGGGGACACAGAACCAAACCAUAUCACCAGAUGAAGGACAUUACGUUUUUUCCAUUUUAGGGUUUGUGUUUUUUCUAUUAUAUGAAUAAAGACAUACAUGUGUUUACAGGCUUUGUGUGAACUUGUUUUUAUGUCACUUGGAUAAAUACCCAGGAGUGGGAAUUACUAUGCUGCAUGAUUAAGUAAAUGUUUAACUUUAUAAAAAACAUCAGAUAGUUUUUUGAAACAGUAACCAUCAAGAUCAGAUGUUACACCUAUCCUUGGUCAUAAAUGGAGGAUGAAACUUGGUGAGUGGAGAUGGGAAUAUAAACCUCCAGAUGCCCAAUUUAACCUGUCAUCCACUUCUGUAAAAUCAAUAUACUCUUCCCUCAUUCUCACAUCCUCACCUCUCAGAGGAAGCGAGAUCUCUUUAGCAGUGUGUGUAAAAGCUUGCAUGUGAGGCUGCCCAUGUUAUUUUUCUGUUUAUUAGGCAGAAUGAUUGAUCUGAGGAGACCAGUGGCAAUGACAUCCUAGAUACAGUAACAUCAGGACAACCCAUUACUUUUCCUAUUACCUCCUUCUUUUCCUUCCCUCUAGAAAGAAAGAAGAGGAUUGGGGUGACAGCAAUAAAUCUAAAGGGAACAAUUAUACUGAUACUGGUUAAGAGGAUCUUGUAUCUUUACCUAUUUAUUCCUGAAUCUAAGAAAAAAAAAAAAGGAAUUUGGGACUAACGAGAAUUCAUUCUUCCUACAGUGUCACAUUACAUUUGUUCUGUGUCAAAAACAUGCAAUAUUCAAAACUGACUUUUAUUAUUAACUGUUGAGUGACUUACAAAUGUUGUUAGAGCAGAGCAGGGCAGAACAGUGUCAUGGAUAAUCUUCCAAAGCAGAUAAUUCAAAAGUCAUUUCCAUUUAGCUGUGCAAAAACAGUUUAUUUCUCUCCUUCAGUUUUCCAUUGGCUAACAUACUUAGUUUGUUUCUGCUAAGCUGAUUUGACUACUGCAAGGAAAUACAUACCAAGGACAUAUUAUUUCGCAUGGUGAAACCACCUUGGGGUCAGAAAACUGAAUACUACACAAGUCAAGGUUUAAUGUAUUAUAUUUUCAAGGGCCUUGCUUCAGUGUCCUAUGGUAAGGAAUUGAGGGGUGGAGGGAGAAAAGUAGGGAUAACCAAAAAGGAUGUACUCAGACAGUAAAGAUUUUGGAGGGGUGAGCAAGAAGUUGCAGUAAAAACGUGCCUUUUUUUGUUGUUGUUCCUGUAAACUGUCUUUGGUUUAUAAGCCAAAGAAUGAGUUUAUAAGGGGCAGAGAAAAGAAUGGGGGAGUAGUGAAUUUGUUGUACUUAAGUGAGCUGUCAACUUCAUAAUAUAAAAAUGAACUUUUCAGCAAAUAGAGCUGCUCACUCAGAAAGGGUGGCCUAUGUAACUUGGGGUUCCCCAUCAUUGGCCGUGUUUAAGCCUAAGUGGCAUAUUUGGUUAGAAAUGGAUUACAGUAAACAGUAUUCCUGAAUCCUUCAUUCCGCAAAUGCAAAAGCCUACUCUGUAUAAGGUACAUGCAGAAUAUGAAAAGGUAUCAAAUCUGGAUCUGCUCUCUGCCAGCUGUCAAAGCAUUGCGUCUCACACAUGUUAAUGUGAUCUUGUUAAAAUGCAGAUUCUGAACCCUGGGGAUGGGUUCUGCAUUUCUAACAGGCUCCCAGGUGAUGCCAAUGCUGCUGGUCUGUGUAACACAGUGAUAAACGUUUCUAGUAGAGAAGGAGACAUGCAAAUACUUAUAAUACAAAGGUAAGUACCUUAGGGAUUCCACUAAUUUUCAUAAAAAACCUGGAUCCCUCCCAACCCUAGGGCUGUCUUUGCCCUUUUUAUACCUUUAGUGUUCCUUCUGAUGUUUUCGUUGUUGCUAUCUUCCUUGAAUUUUAUUUCUUCUGAGGUUUCUCACUGCGUAUGCUGUUUCUUAGCCUAGGAGAGCCUUUUCGCUCUUCUCCUAAGACUAACAUUUUACUAAUUUGUCAAGGUCUAGCUCCUAAACACGCCAUCUUGAAUUCUUCCCUGCGACCCCAGUCGGGCUGACAGCUCCUUCCUUGUCGCUCCCCAUUGAACAGGUUUUUCUUGGGGCGGGGGGAGGGGGACGGAGUAUCGCUGAGUCGCCAGGCUGGAGUGCAAUGGCGCGAUCUCGGCUCACAGCAACCUCCGCCUCCCGGGUUCAAGCGAUUCUUCUGCCUCAUCCUCCCAAGUAGCUGGGACUUCCGGCGCACGCCACCACGCCCAGCUAAUUUUUGUAUUUUUAGUAGAGACCGGGUUUCACCUUGUUGGCCAGGGUGGUUUUGAUCUCCUAACCUCAUGAUCCGCUCGCCUCGGCCUCCCAAAGUGCUGGGAUUACAGGCGUGAGCCACCGCGCCCGGUCAGAACAGUUUUAACCUCCAGCAAUGACCACUGCUUCCUUCUGCCUGCAGUUGGAAGUCAGUUUCAGUUUUCCUAUUCCCUAUAAGGAACCCACCUCUCCGGUCGCCUAACACACAGAUGCUAUCCAGAAAACGUGCUGGCGCACCUGAGGCGGGGUAGAAAGCCGCGUCGCUCCUCCCGGCAACGAGCACCGGAACCCAGGGAGGAGGCCUCCGAGUGUCAUUUGGGGACGUCCCUUCUGCCGGGUAGUCUCAGAGGCCGAGCGCUCCUAUGAUCCCGAGCGCAGUUUCCCCAGGCGGGACAGGCCCUGCCUGGCGCCCCCUCCUGGCGCUGGAGGCUGCGUGCGACUGCCCACCAUCGAGGCGGCGGCGGCGGCUAGAGAGGCCAGCGGGUCCCGAGCGCGGAGACAGCCGGCCGCAGGGAACGCGCACGGGGCGGACUCCGCGCCGCCGGCCUUGUAGCCAUUUUAGGAGGAAUCGCUGAUCGCCAGCGAGGGGUGCGGCUUCAAUUUCAAUAACUUUAUUGGUGGCCUGAUCUGCAGAACAGCCAUCACAUCAGUGGCCCUUGGAGGAGGGAGCGCAUCGCCCGAGGUGGUCCCCGACAAGCUGCAGCCAUGGGAAACACCACCAGCGACCGGGUGUCCGGGGAGCGCCACGGCGCCAAGGCUGCACGCUCCGAGGGCGCAGGCGGCCAUGCCCCUGGGAAGGAGCACAAGAUCAUGGUGGGGAGUACGGACGACCCCAGCGUGUUCAGCCUCCCCGACUCCAAGCUCCCUGGGGACAAAGAGUUUGUAUCAUGGCAGCAGGAUUUGGAGGACUCCGUAAAGCCCACACAGCAGGCCCGGCCCACUGUUAUCCGCUGGUCUGAAGGAGGCAAGGAGGUCUUCAUCUCUGGGUCCUUCAACAAUUGGAGCACCAAGAUUCCACUGAUUAAAAGCCAUAAUGACUUUGUUGCCAUCCUGGACCUCCCUGAGGGAGAGCACCAAUACAAGUUCUUUGUGGAUGGACAGUGGGUUCAUGAUCCAUCAGAGCCUGUGGUUACCAGUCAGCUUGGCACAAUUAACAAUUUGAUCCAUGUCAAGAAAUCUGAUUUUGAGGUGUUCGAUGCUUUAAAGUUAGAUUCUAUGGAAAGUUCUGAGACAUCUUGUAGAGACCUUUCCAGCUCACCCCCAGGGCCUUAUGGUCAAGAAAUGUAUGUGUUUCGAUCCGAGGAAAGAUUCAAGUCCCCACCCAUCCUUCCUCCUCAUCUACUUCAAGUUAUUCUUAACAAAGACACUAAUAUUUCUUGUGACCCAGCCUUACUCCCUGAGCCCAACCAUGUUAUGCUGAACCAUCUCUAUGCAUUGUCCAUUAAGAUAAAGAAACUAAGGCUCAGAGAAGGUCAAAUUACCAGUAAGUACCAGAGACAGGACUGCUGAGGUCCAGUCCUCCUAUGCUGACUUCAUAUUCUUUCCUAUAUUAUCAUUAUGCCAGGUCUUUCCAAGUAGGUUUUUCUUAGGUAUUCCUCAUUUCCACUAAACCUGUGGAAGCGUAAAAGUGAAUUUUUUUACCUGCCUUGCUUCUGUCUUAUUUAGGCUUUGUGUCAACAUGACUCUGGAGUGUUAACCUGAGAAGCAUUCAUGGUGCAUAAUACAGUACGGGGGAAGGUAGAAGGAUACACUUGUUCUUAUCGGAUUUGCUUGGGUUCUUUGGGAUCUGAUGGAUUUUGCCUCCUGUAACUGCUCCUUGGGUGUCAUUUAAUUUGCCUAGGCUUGCCAUCUCCUCCUGUGGUACAUCUGUAGUCUGCAACACAGCCUGGGAAAUGGUACCUCUUGCUCUCUUCUUACUGGUUCUGACUCAGGUGAAGGUGUUGAUUAUUGUGGCUUAGCUUAGUUCUGACCCAUUCCUGAUUCUCUCAGAUUGUUUAGGCGGUUUGGAAUUGUUCCAUUGGAUUGAGUGUCUUUCUGAAGAGGAUUUUGGCAUCUACUUUGUUCAAGGAUAGAGAGGGAUUCCUAGGUUCCCUCUAAAUCAGAGAGAUCUUUUUGAAGUCAUCCCUGGUAUUAAAUGGAAAUUAGACCUGCUUUGGGACUUGGAAAUAGUUUUUCAGAAGGAUUGUUCCAUUUUUUCUCAUUGUCUUUAAGACUUUCUUCUAGCAAUGGAUGCCAGAAUAUUUUGUUCUUUUUUUUUUUUUUUCUUUGCUAGUUUUAGGCCCAACAUUAGAAUUUAAAGUAGGGAAGGGAGCAAGGUAGGAGACCAUUAUUUCUUCAGCACUUUUAUGUGUCAGAAACUGUGUCAGAUAUUCUCAUGUAAUCAUCAGAGCCACCUUAAUGGUAGGUGUUAUCUUUUGUAAUGAUGAGAUAAAAAGACUUGGACACACUAAGUAGAUUACCCAAGGCCACAAAUAGAAUGAUGAUAGGAGUCAGAAUUGGAACUAAAACUUAUCUGACCUCCUUCUCUUAUAUCAAACUACCUCUGUUAAAAGUGACUGUGAAGGACCGAUGACUGGGAAGAGCUACCUACUGUCUGAACUAAUGAAUUAGCUGCGUGUGUUUCUUUUCCUUGCAGGACAGUGUGAUGGUCCUUAGCGCAACCCAUCGCUACAAGAAGAAGUAUGUUACUACUCUGCUAUACAAGCCUAUCUGAAGGGAUCCCUUCUUGCCUCUAAGGAUUCAGGAGAAGCAUCUCCCUUGCCUUUCUGGACUGAACCAGUCUUACCUGAGACUGGAAGGCUGAUUUGCUUUGAGGCUGAUAUGUGUGUUUCAGAGCCUCUGAGUAGGAUGCUCUGCUUUUGCAUUUGAUUGCAGAUGAGAGCUUUAUGAGUUCACGGAAUUUAUUUUAAGAAAAAAAUAUAUACAUAUGAGAAGAAGGUAAAUGGAAGCCUCCUAGCCCCAUCUAGAAGUAUUGUUUCUGCCUGUGGGUUUUCACCAGGACCUGUUUGGGGGCACUGCAGGAAUAACUAUAUAGGAAGAUUUUUCCUAAAAUGAAAGAACAGCAAACUCUUAGGAUCCUUGUUGGGUAGAGAUUCUAUCACUUCUACCUUGGCUCUCCAAGGAAUGGGCUUGUGCUAGACCGCUGCCCAACUUACAGCUGCCUCAUUGCAAGGGCAGCUUUUCUUGCAUGGGUUCUCUAUAUUCCCAGAGUAUGUGGCACAAUCUGUGUUGUUUAUAUGAUACCAGAUGCCCCACAAGAACCUUUUUCCUCUCAUUUCACAUUCUUCCUUUAAUAGCCUCCUUCAGAUCCCAUACCUGACCCCUCUCUAACACAAAACUCAUUGGGUAAGUGACUUUGAAAAGUUUUGUGGCACCUGACCCACCCCAGACACUAGGGCUAUCAGAAGGUCUCCUUUUUAGCCCAGCACAGGCCCAGGUCACUUUGUCGUGUUUGUUUUAACUUCCAAAGAAAGUAUGUCUCAGCAUUAUAAGAAAGGCAGAAUGCAGAACAUCUACAUUUUUGUUUUAGUUUGGUGCCAAGGCUCAGGCUGUAUUGGCAAAUUCCCGAAAGUUUUCCCACCUUUGCCUGGCCCUGCUUCUGUCUUUUCUUUCUCAGCAAACAGUUCUGAAGGCAGGAGUGGAACCCGGGAGUAUUUUCAUGUCUUUCAUCCUUGAAAGAUUUUUAUGUGCCUGCAUUUUUUUUUAAUUAAAAAAUGCCUUUUCAUUGGUCUUAAGAGACUGCAUUGGAGAAUUUCAGGCUUUUGAUAAAUGCUUCUUCAAAGAGAUUUUCUUCUCUAGUCUAGCCUUCCACAUUCUUAGAUUAAUAUGGCCAACCCUGUACACAUCACUACACUAAACAUUGCUCUAGAUAAACUGCUCAAGUUCAUUUAUCUCAUUUGAUGCACCUAAAGGGGUCCCUCAUUUUAAAGAUUUGUUAGGCCAAGAAGCAAGAAAGUAUUCCUAGUAUUCCCAACCAUGAAAAAUAUCGUUCUUUGCACCAAGUGUUGACAAAAUCAUUUUGUUCUCCUGCCUCUUCUUUUUAAAGGUGUUUGAUGAUUAAGUGGGGUCACUGAAUUCCAUUUGUGGACUGAAAAGUAUUCAAUCCACUUUUGGGGUUCAGGGAUAAAAAAUUUUUUCCCAAGUAGCUGGGGCUCUUCCAUUUUGCAGAUAAGUCAAUCAACACUAAAGGAGGCUAAACUAUUGAUGAAUGAGAGACUCCCUGACUGCUCAGAUGAGCCUGGCCACACUGAAAGGGCACCUACAGGUCAGUUUAGCUACCUCCUGUCUUUCCCAUGCAAAGCUGACAGCACAGUUGUCUUUGGACUUGUAGACCUCUUGGAUUCCAGGUGUGAUGGAGUAAAGUGUGGGAUUGUUGUUUUGCUGGGAUGCAAAUAACUAAAUGCUUUGGUGGUUAAUUGCUAAGAGUAAAUACUACUUUAGCCAUCCAAGGCCACCUUCUGCAGCAAAAGGCUUUUGUGGAGAACCUUUUAUGUUCCCAACCACUUUUUGAAUGGUGUGCCAUUUAAAACUCCAGGCCAGAUCCUAUUAUAACCAACUCUCAGGAUUUACAGUCUUCAGUUGUACUAGAAUUUUGUUUUUAUCCAAUACCCAUUAAAUAAGUGGGCCACUUAGGAAGAUUCAAAAUCUUGGUUAUUACAUGAAGUUUGUUAUAUUCAUAUUUCUUGUCAACAGUAUUGAAAUGUAAUAUCUAUGUGUUCAUGUAUGAAAAUUUUUACUCCACACAGGUGUUUCAGUAGAGUGGGGCAGGAAAAGAGAUCUCUUCAAUUUCUCUCAGGCCUGAGGCUUUUGUGAAAUGUGUCACCCGCAGUGACAGUAGGUUUUGAUGCUAGUGAUCUUCAGAUCUUUCUCUCUGGAAAUGUGCAGAGAGUGUCAGUUUCCCAAGUUCUGAGGUAGCUCUCAGCCCAGAUGUGAAAUGGGAGCCUACCAGCUGGUAUAGAAGGGAAUGGGUAGGAGGCACUGGGUGCUGACUCAUGCAGCACUGUCCCUUUUCUAUACUGCUGAUACAUCCCAUGGUUCUGAGAAGCCUUAUCUCAGUCUGUUUGGAAGAGAGGCAGGAAGAGAAGGAAGUAACCCAAAGUACUACUCAUUUAUCCUUGUAUAUUGAUUGUUAAAGGGAUAAUUAAUUUUAUGCUGAGGAGAGUUUGACGGAUUUUGAAAAUGAAUAAAGGCAAAAAAAAUUCUUUUAGCCUUUAUUUUGCCUUUGGGAAUUUUACAGAGUCAAAGUAGGCAGAAUAAGAAAAUAGUUCUUCAGGAGGGCCGACCCUUAAAGAACUUCAGCAUAGUUUUGGAAUUGUGGGGAAGAGAAGAGUGACUGAGCUGAGAAGUAAUAAUAGAAGAAUAAAGGCUUGAGUAACUUGGAACUGAAAAUGUUCUCUUUUAAAAAGAAAUUAAAUCAGACACCACAUGGUGGUGUCCUUGGAUCUCACUGUACAGAAUUAGCAGUGUAUAACCAUCUUCCCUUUGCAUCUUGUUCCAAUUCUCUCCUCUUUCCUUUCCAUUCUGCUUUAAGCUCAUGUGUCAGGCAGGCUUUACCAGAGUGUCAGACAUUACCUAAAACACAUACAUUAGCCAUGCUGCUGGUAUGGAGAAAUUCCACACCAUGAUUAUUAGCCUCCUUUAAGCUUGAAAUUGAAUGGGAUUUAACCAUUCUAGGCAACACCCCUGAAGGGCAUACCUAACCUCAAUAGUGUUGGCUUUUUAAACAUAUGUUUGUAUGGUAGAGAAACUUUGUAAAAGAAGAAUCCAAGAGAAGUUUGUGAGGAUCCUGCAAACCCAGGCCCACUCACUUUGCUCCAAUUCUUUCUAGUCUCUUGUAGAUCUAACGGGUCUGGGAUAAAAACUUUGAAAAGUGUCAAUAUUCCAUGUAUGCCGCUGAAAUGAAGUUAAGUUUGGAAAGAAGUGAUACCUCUAGACUGGGUUUAUAUUAAUCUGGGAUAUAAAUGAAGAAGAUAUACUAAUAGAACUCCCUGCUUUUAAUUGGGGAAUAGGGCUUUAAGAAUUUUGACCUCAACUAAAAGUGAUAUGCAAUAGUCUAUGUUUGUGUGUGUUUGAAAUACAUUCUGUUCUCAGAGAUUUCUACAUUCUCACGUUCUAGUGAUUUGGGGCAUGGGCUUAAUAGCAGAUGUAUGGCGUAUUCCUGCAUUAUUCUGAUUCACCCUUAAAGCCCAGUUCUUGCUGUCUUCUACCAGGGGCUGCUGACUCCAGUUACCCAUGGAAUGCAGGACCUGGGAGGGGUAGCAAUUAAGAUCUUUCAAAACUCUUUGGAUCUAAGCAUUUGUCUCUCCUUAAGUGCCAGUCACAAUUGGAUAUGGAAGGACUGUGAUUUCUGCAAUGAACCCAAACUUUUAGAGUAAAAAGCCAAAUCUUUUUUAAAUUAUAAGAAAGAAGGGAAAAAAGAGAAAAACUCAAGUCUAUUACUUGUAGAGUCCAAUUCUUAGCAAUGGAGUCCUUCUAGGAUUCUAGUUUGGGCUUUGUCUGGAUUUGCUUUUCUCAAUUGUGCUUUGAAGUGAAUAAGCUUUGUUACAAAUUAAUUUUUUAUUAGUUCCAAUAUUAGCUGGAGUUAACUUGAAUUGAUUGUAUGUAGCACAGCACUUUUGCAGUAAGAUUGGUGUGAAAUACUAAACACUAUGGAUUUUGUAGGUGUCAGGUUAAAUGGUCAAGGGAUACCUACAUUAAGUUAAUAUAUUAGGUAUUGAUGACCUCACUUCUUUUCUGUUCCCCUCUACAAAACACUUACCUAACCCAGCUUGUGGUUUUAGGACAGCCAAAGCUCACUGUUGUUGGUUAGUCCUGAUCACUACACGGGUCUCAUAUAUGAGACUUGUUUGAAUUUUGGUAAAUUGGAGCAUGUUGGUUGGUAUUACACGGCAGCAUUUUGAAUGAGUGCAGCUCUGUGUCUGUCAGAAAGGAGAGAUAAGACUACUUUGAAGGGAAUUAAAUAUGUGAGUCUUCUUUUUAAUGGUGCUUUUUGUAACCUUUAAUGAUGAGGUACAGAGCUGCUUUUCAAUAUUUCAUAAAGGAGUGGCAGACAAGAGUGGAUUUUAAAGCUGUUCUUCAAAUGUAAUUUGUCACUGGACUCUGACACACCUGGAAAUUAUAUGAUAUGACAUACAGAAAUGUUGUGGGUUUUUUCCAUAAAACUGUUUAAUAAAAGUAUUAUAUAGCAAUAA